CCCUCCCCCCUCCCCCAGCCGCCUUGUGCAAAGAUGGCUGCACCGUGAGCGCAGAGGAGGAGGAGGCGGCGGCGGCGGCGGCGAAAGAGCGAGCACCCAGUGCCUGCACCCACUCCGGGGCCGUCCGGGACGCCCCCUCCCGAGCGCGCGUCCCCCUUCUCUCUUGCAAGCGCCGGGGCAAAGGCGGAGACAGCGGGGUCCCUCCUCCCCCCUUUCCCUCCUCCAGGGGGAACCCCCCCUCCUUGGCUCAGCGGCUGCACCCCUCCUUUGCCCGCCCCUCCGUCCCUGCCCCCUCCCUCCCCCGCCCGGGGCCUUCGGUGGCCGCAAAGAAAAAAAAAAAAAAAGAGAGAGAGAGAGAAAGGGAGGAAAAAAGCAGCGGAGGGAGCGGCGGCGGAGGAGAGCGCGCGCGCGCCCCCUCCUUUCCCCCUCCCUCCCCCUCCCCCCAAUUUCCACCGCGGCCAAUUCAUGGACAGGAACUACCCCAGCGCCGGCUUCGGGGACCCGCUCGGCGCCGGGGCGGGAUGGAGUUACGAGAGGUCAGCGAAAGCUAGCUUGGUCUACGGCAGCUCCCGGACCUCGCACCCAGAAACCGACAUCUUGCACCGCCAGGCCUACGCGGCCCCCCACCCACUACAAAGCUAUGCCACCAACCACCACCCGGCAGGCCUCUCUGGACUUUUUGACACUGGCCUCCACCACGCGGGCUCAGCAGGGCCCGACGCCUCCGUCAUGAACCUCAUCUCGGCCCUGGAGUCCCGGGGCCCCCAGCCUGGCCCCUCUGCCUCCUCUCUCCUCUCCCAGUUCCGAAGCCCUUCCUGGCAGACAGCCAUGCACACACCAGGCCCCACGGAACUCUUCAUCUCGGGUGCCCUCCCGGGCUCCAGCACCUUUCCGUCUUCCUCUGCCCUGUCUGCCUACCAGCACCCAGCUUCCUUCGGCAGCCGCCCCUUCCCGGUGCCCUCCUCCCUCAGCCUCCAGGACCCACCGUUCAGUCCUCCUGCCAAUGGGCUCCUGUCUCCCCAUGACGUGCUCCACCUGAAGCCCUCGCAGGCACCCACGGUGCCCUCCUCACUGGGUUUCGAGCGCCUGGCCGGGGGUGGUGUCUUGGGGCCCGCCGGCCUUGGCCCUGCUCAGACCCCCCCUUACCGUCCCGGCCCCCCAGACCCCCCUCCCCCUCCCCGGCACCUCCCCACGCAGUUCAAUCUGCUGGCCUCUUCCUCCGCAGCCACCGCUGCAGAGCCGUCGUCCCCUCAGCUCUACAACUUCUCGGGUGCUGCCCCGGGUCCGCCCCCCGAGCGGGCCCUGCCCCGACAGGACACGGUCAUCAAACACUACCAGCGGCCGGCCAGUGCCCAGCCCCCGCCGCCCCCACCGCCCGCCCAUUCCCUGCAGCACUAUCUGAGCUGCGGAGGCAGCUAUCCCUCCAUGGGCCACCGGGCCAGCUUGGCUUGCAGCCCUUUGGGAGGGGGGGAGCCUUCCCCGGGUGCCGGAGAACCCAGCAAGGGUGGCCCCAGUGGAGCCGCGGCCGGAGCAGCUGGCCGGGCUGCAGGCCCCGAGCCUGCUGGGGGAGGUGGGGCCGGGGGUGGGGGUGGGUACCGCCCUAUCAUCCAGUCCCCUGGCUACAAAACAAGCAAGGGAGGCUAUGGACCAGGUACGGGGGGCGCCACCAGACCACCGCCACCUCGAUCUACCGCCACACCCAAGUGUCAGAGCCUGGGUGGACCAGCGGCUGCCUAUGCUGCCGGAAAAGCCUCUGGGGGUGCAGGGGCUGGGGGCCAGGCGUAUUCUCCUGGUCAGCCCCAAGGGCUUCUGGGACCCCAGGCCUACGGGCAAGGCUUUGGAGGAGGUCAGGCACAGGACUUAAGCAAAGGCCCGAGCUAUUCUGGUGGGCCGCCGCAGCCCCCCAGCGGCCCCCCACCUCCUGGCCUGGCUACCUGUCAGAGCUACUCCCCAGACCAGCUUCAGGGCCAGCUCUAUGGGGUACAGGGUGAGCCUUACCCAGGGCCAGCUGCCCAUUCACAGGGCCUCCCCACCGCCAGCCCCUCCCUCAGCUACAGUACUGGCCACUCUCCCGCUCUCUCAGGCCAUGGAGGUGGCUGGGGACCCAGUUCCCUGGGAGGUGGUGGAGAGGCUAGCCCGUCUCAUAUCAUCCGGCCUCUCCAGUCACCGCCCGCUACGGGCCGCCCUCCUGGGGUUGGCUCUCCAGGAGCGCCCGGCAAAUACCUGAGUUCCGUCUUAGCUUCAGCUCCAUUCCUGGCGCCCCCUGGAGCCAGCAGCUAUUCGGGCGGAGCAGGGGCCUACAAGGGGAAAGGAGACGGCUCAGAGCUGCUUGCCGGCCCUGGCGGUGCCACGGCUGAGCGCACAGAAGAUGAAGAGUUUCUGAUUCAGCACCUGCUUCAGGCACCCAGCCCACCUCGGACCUCAGGGGCAGAUGGCUUGGUGGGCGAGGAUGGGCCGGCUGGUGCCUCGAAGGGACUUGGGGGCAGCGGGGGAGCCGGAGGACCGCCGGGCACACCUUACGAAUUGGCCAAGGAAGAUCCCCAGAGGUACCACCUGCAGAGUGUCAUCCGGACCAGUGCCAGCCUGGAUGAGAGUGCCACAGCUGCGCUGGAGCUGGGCCUGGGGCGGAUGAAGGAGAAGAAGAAGGGGCCAGAACGAGGCGGUGAAACCCCGGAGGGACUGGCCACCUCAGUUGUUCACUAUGGAGCAGGUGCCAAGGAGCUGGGAGCCUUCUUGCAGAAGAGCCCACCUCCCCCACCACCCACGGCCCAGCCAACCCAGCCCACACCCCAUGGCCUCCUCUUGGAGGCUGGAGGUCCUGACCUUCCCAUGGUGCUGCCUCCACCUCCCCCCCAGCUGCUCCCUUCCGUGCUCAGCCACGCCCCCAGCCCCUCACCCAGCGCCCCCAAAGUUGGCGUCCACCUCCUCGAGCCAGCCCCCCGGGACGGGGCUCCCCAGCCGCCGCCCCCACCGCCCCCCCCACCACCACCUAUGCCUCUGCAGCUUGAAGCUCACCUUCGCAGUCACGGCCUGGAACCCACAGCACCGAGUCCUCGUUUACGACCGGAGGAGAGCCUGGAGCCUCCUGGAGCAAUGCAAGAGUUGCUCGGGGCUCUGGAACCGUUGCCACCAGGUCCUGGGGACACUGGUGUGGGACCACCUAACUCAGAGGGCAAGGAUCCUGCAGGCGCCUACAGAAGUCCCAGCCCUCAAGGGACCAAGGCACCACGGUUCGUACCCCUCACGUCUAUCUGCUUUCCCGACUCACUGCUUCAGGAUGAGGAGCGGAGCUUCUUCCCCACCAUGGAGGAGAUGUUUGGUGGAGGGGCAGCUGAUGACUAUGGCAAGGCUGGACAGACUGAAGACGACGGAGACCCCAAGACUGGUGCCGGCCCACCCCCUGGUCCCACUGCUUAUGACCCCUAUGGACCCUACUGUGGAGGCCGGGCAUCUGGAGCUGGACCAGAGACUCCAGGCCUGGGUCUGGAUCCCAACAAACCCCCUGAGCUUCCCUCCACCGUCAACGCAGAGCCACUGGGCCUGAUCCAGAGCGGGCCACACCAGUCAGCGCCCCCGCCGCCGCCCCCACCGCCCCCGCCACCACCUGUCUCCGAGCCCAAGGGUGGUCUCACCUCGCCCAUCUUCUGCUCAACCAAGCCAAAGAAGCUGCUGAAGACAUCCUCGUUUCACUUACUACGGCGUCGAGACCCCCCCUUCCAGACACCCAAGAAGCUGUACGCGCAGGAGUACGAGUUUGAGGCUGAUGAGGACAAAGCUGACGUACCCGCAGAUAUCCGUCUAAACCCGAGACGCCUGCCUGAUCUGGUGUCUAGCUGCCGCUCCCGACCAGCCCUCUCACCACUGGGCGAUAUAGACUUUUGCCCACCCAACCCUGGUCCUGAUGGCCCUCGUCGCCGAGGCCGCAAGCCCACCAAGGCAAAGCGUGACGGUCCUCCCCGACCCCGGGGGAGACCCCGGAUUCGUCCACUGGAGGGCCCCACCAUUGCCGGGCCAGCCUCGGCCGCCAUGGCCGCUGAUGGGGCCAAGAAACCUCGGGGCCGGGGUAGGGGAAGAGGCAGGAAGGCUGAGGAAAUGGGAAGUACUCGGUUGGAGCCCCUGAAACCACUUAAGAUCAAGCUGUCUGUGCCCAAGGCUGGUGAGGGCAUGGGAGCACCUUCCAAUGAUGCCAUCUCGGGUGUAGACCACAAUAGCCUGGAUUCCAACCUGACCCGGGAGAAAAUUGAGGCCAAGAUCAAGGAGGUGGAAGAGAAGCAGCCGGAGAUGAAGUCAGGCUUUAUGGCUUCUUUCCUCGACUUCCUCAAGUCAGGCAAGCGGCACCCGCCGCUCUACCAAGCCGGCCUGACGCCUCCGCUAAGCCCCCCUAAGAGUGUGCCAGCCUCUGUGGCCCCCCGGGGCCUGCAGCCCCCACCACCCACCACACCCACUGUGCCGCCGCCGCACCCCGCACCUUCGGGUCCUUUCGGCCUGGGGGGCGCGUUAGAGGCUGCAGAGAGUGAGGGGCUCGGGCUGGGCUGCCCUUCGCCCUGCAAGCGCCUGGAUGAAGAGCUGAAGCGCAACCUGGAGACGCUGCCCUCUUUCUCCUCCGAUGAAGAAGAUUCUGUGGCCAAGAACCGAGACCUACAGGAAAGCAUUUCCUCGGCCAUCUCUGCCCUGGAUGAUCCACCACUCCCCGGGCCUAAGGACACUGCUACGCCAGAGGAACCGCCCUUAGGCCCUGGCUCUACACCUGCAGUCUCAGGGCCACCCCCUCUCCCGAGCCUGCCCAGCACCAACAGCAGUGGAACUCCUGAGCCUCCUCUGCUGGAGGAGAAGCCCCCACCCACCCCACCUCCUGCCCCAACGCCGCAGCCUGCCCCACCUCCACCCCCACCCCCAGUUCCAGCCUUGCCCUCACCUACUCCACUGGUGACCCCUGUGGCUAGCUCACCUCCUCCACCACAGCCGCCACCUCCGCCAGCAUUGCCCUCGCCACCUCCGCCACCCCCGCCACCCCCGCCAGCAACCCCGGCUGCCCCACCAGCUGCCGCUCCAGAGGAGCCUGCUGCUCCGUCCCCAGAGGAGCCUGAACCUCCGGACGCCCGGCCUCUGCACCUGGCCAAGAAGCAGGAGACCGCAGCUGUGUGUGGGGAGACAGACGAGGAAGCCGGAGAGAGCGGUGGUGAGGGCAUCUUCCGGGAGCGGGACGAGUUUGUCAUCCGUGCAGAGGACAUCCCCUCCCUCAAGCUGGCACUCCAGACCGGCCGUGAGCCUCCGCCCAUCUGGCGCGUCCAGAAGGCUCUCCUGCAGAAGUUCACGCCAGAGAUCAAGGACGGCCAGAGGCAGUUUUGUGCCACCAGUAAUUAUUUGGGUUAUUUUGGGGAUGCGAAAAACCGGUACCAGCGCCUCUAUGUGAAGUUCUUGGAGAAUGUCAACAAGAAGGAUUAUGUGAGGGUGUGCGCUCGGAAACCCUGGCACCGGCCCCCAUUGCCAGUCAGACGGUCUGGGCAGACCAAGGGCCCUGCCCCUGUGGGGGGCAGCUCUGCACCUCCAUCUAAGGCCCCAGCUCCACCUCCUAAGCCCGAGACCCCUGAGAAGGUCACAUCAUCGGAGAAGCCUCCAGAAGUGACGCCGGAGCCCGCCGUACCGGAGCCUCCUGCCCCAGAGAAGCCCUCCCCACCCCGACCUGUGGAGAAGGAGAGGGUGACUCGUGGAGGUGACCGACCUUUACGGAGCGAACGGGCCGCCAGUGCGCGGCAGAUGAGGAAUGACCGGAGCCUGGCCACGGGACAGUCCACCACCUCCCGGCUGCCCAAAACCAGGCCCACGAAGGUGAAGGCCGAGCCACCUCCGAAGAAGAGGAAGAAGUGGCUGAAAGAGGCAGUGGGAAAUGCCUCAGCAGGUGGCAGGCCCGGGGGCAGCUCCUCAGACUCAGAGUCCUCCCCUGGUGCUCCCAGUGAGGAUGAGCGGGUAGUUCCGGGACGGUUGCUGAAGACCCGGGCCAUGCGGGAGAUGUACCGCAGCUAUGUGGAGAUGCUGGUGAGCACUGCCCUGGACCCGGACAUGAUCCAGGCCCUGGAAGACACGCAUGAUGAACUCUACCUUCCACCCAUGCGGAAGAUCGAUGGCCUCCUCAAUGAGCACAAGAAAAAGGUCCUGAAGCGGCUGUCACUGAGCCCGGCGCUGCAGGAUGCCCUGCACACGUUCCCACAGCUGCAGGUGGAACAGCCUGGAGACGGCUCCCCCGAGGAGGGGGCUGUGCGGCUGCGGCCUGCAGGGGAGCCCUACAACCGCAAGACGCUCAGCAAGCUCAAGAGAAGUGUCGUGCGGGCCCAGGAGUUCAAGGUGGAGCUGGAGAAGUCGGGGUACUACAUCCUCUACCACUCUCUACACCACUACAAAUACCACACCUUCCUGCGCUGCCGAGACCAGACCCUGGCCAUCGAGGGCGGUGCUGAGGACCUGGGCCAAGAGGAAGUGGUCCAGCAGUGCAUGCGGAACCAGCCGUGGCUAGAGCAGCUCUUCGAUUCCUUCAGCGACCUGCUGGCCCAAGCACAGGCCCACAGCCGCUGCGGGUGACUGCGCCCGGCCUGGCCAGGAGGGCACCUCCUCCACGAACUGAGAACUGGACAGAACUGUCCUCUGGAGCUGACGUCCGGGCUCCCUCGCUGCCCGGAGGGAAGGGCCCAUCCUCAGCCAGGGUGUAUCCACACAGCCCUCCCCUCUGUCCCUCUGACGCCCUCCCCGAUUCCUGUACAGAGAAAUUAUUUAUAUAUAUGUAUAAAUGUCUAUUUAGUAACACUUGCCCUGGCCCAGCCCUCCCAACACAGCCAUUGCUCCUGCCCCUCCUCCGUGUACAUAAUGUAUAGGAAAAUUCUAUGUAUGGUUGAGGGAGGUGGGACAACUUGAGAGAACUGGGGGACGCCCUCUGCUCUCAUGCUCCCCCCUCCAGGCCAACAUCUUUGCUAAAGGCUGCUCCCCAAGGGCGUGUGGUGUUGGGUGGGAGGGGCCAAACAUCUUGUUAAUUAUUUUUAAUCUUAUUUAUUGUACAUACCUGGGGUGGGGGAGGGAUGGAGAGGGAGGGUGAGAAGGCUCCCCUCGUCCUGCCCUCCGGUUCCUUUUCUACAGCAUCUGUCUCCCCCACCCUCAGCCCACGUCCUUAGUCUUCUCAAUGUGGUUCUAUUUUUUAAUGCCUUUCUCUGUCCCUCCCGGCUCCUUUUUGUCCUCUUCCCUCCUCUCCCUGACCUCUUGCUCUUGGGCGCUGUACGACUCACCUUGUAUACACUGUGUACACAGAACCAGCCAAACGAAACCCAACAGCAACACUUUA